AGCGGUGUUAGUGUUAGUUCUGGCCCGUUUGGACCCAAACGAAAGAGUUUAUUCGGUUCUGUGUAACCGAACCCGUUCUGUUCUGUGUGUAGUUAACGGUGUUAACACCUGUGUUUCAGGUGUAUCAGUAUGAAGCAGGCGGUGACGGCGCACUGAUUCACUCUCGGAGCUCGGUUCACUAAUGACCGAAUCACCGUGGAACCGACUAAAGAUAACUCACACCCGCACGGAGAAGAAGAACAAGAGGAGGAGAAGAUGAACUGGAGUGGGGCAAAGAGAACUGCAUUCAGAUCAAACGGAUACAAGAGAGGUGGCCGAGUUGUUUGAGGAUCUAAAGAAUUGAGUGUCACAAUUCAACAUGCACAUCAGCGAAACUUUUCCCUCUGACUACACCAGCACGCACGCACAGAAAUUCAUAGUGCAGUUCACUUCAAAGACGGCUGUUCCGUGCGCAUCUGGAGAAGGCAGACUACGACCAAUCAGCUCCUGCUACACACUGACGUGAGACGGCUUAGUAGGGGUAAAUUCCUGCAGAGAUUUCGAGAGCUCUGUCCGGAGAUAAGCGAGUUUCUUUUUGCUGUUAAACAUGCAGAAUACACCCAGGUCAAUGAUGAUCAGUGGUUGCUGGACUUUUUUUAACCGAGCAUUUUUAACCGAUCUGACCAACUUAAUUUGGAGCUGCAAGGAAAAGACAAAAAUUAAAGGCAGUUAAUGCCUUUAAACGGAAAAUGCAACUUCUGUUUUCAAAGCUGCAGCACCAUGUUUUUGGGAACUUCCAAAACCUCGCGUCAGAUCUGGAGACGCAGCGGGAGGCUUGUGCGCAGUUUAACAUUGCACGCUACACGGAGCAGAUUGACAGCUGUCGGUCAGAGUUUGACAGAUGCUUUCAAGACUUUGCUUUAUUGGAGGCAUUCGCCACAUUCAUGUGCUACCCGUUUAGGGACAAUGUUGAGGUUGAUUCACUCGCAUCGAAAAUUGCAGCGCUGUUUCACCUGAACUCGUCUGAAGUGGAGGAUGAGAUUUUUUGAAACUACAGACUGACAUUCAGCUGAAGUCCAGGGCUCAUGGACAGUUCUGGAACUUACUCAGAGGGGAAAAUUACCCAAACAUGAGGAAAUGUGCCACCUCCUUGACUGCAUUAUUUGGCUCUACUUAUUUAUGUGAGUCAGCCUUUUCCCUCAUGAAGAUCAUUAAGUCCAAAUACCGUUCCACAAUGACUGAUCAUCAUUUGGAGGCCUGCUUGAGGCUGGCUACCAGCAGCUACUGUCCGGACUAUGCAACCCUGGCUGAUUCUAUUCAGUGCACGUCGUCAGAGUAAGGUGGCGAUUGCAGGCACAUUUUAUCCGAACUGCUUCCUCCAGGGAACUCUAUGGGAACGACCCCAGGACCACCAUAGUGGUGUGUAAUCUCCCUCCAUUUGCAUUCCUCUACUAUAAACAGCUCCAGUCUCUCUUCAGACACUGUGGUUAAAUCAAAUCCAUCUCCUUUGACAGCUCCAGGGCCUAUGUAGAGUUCUACCGCUCGUCAAUGAGAGGUUCUGGCGUUCUCCCAGAGGUCUCUCUGUCUCUCCUCCUCACGCAGCAGAGACUUCCUCUCCAUCUCAACGUUUAACCCGCUGGAGAGGUGGAGACUUGGGCAGGGGGGUAGUGUAUCUCACACCUCAGAUAUACACGGUACACACACACUCUGCAGCGGGCAUCAUCAGAUGAGUCAUGGUUACAUUUUAAGUGAGAGUAGUCAUGUGACCACAUCCCCUAGACAGUGUGAUGUUUAGAUGAUGUUCUGUACAUUAGUGCUGUUCUGUUACAGGUCUCUCUCUCUGUGUCUCUCUCACUCACUGUGUGUGUGUGUCUCUCUCAGGGUGAAUGUGGAUUUUCAGAAUCAGUCAGUGAGCCCUGCCAGGGUUCUGAGCAGCUCCGUUGAGUUGGAGAAUCUUCCGUCUAACCCUGUCUUUAUCGUCAAUAUCACCGAGGUGUCUGUUCCGCCUCUUUCACUUUCAGUGCACAAAUAAAAAAGAAGCAGUGGCUCCUGUGUGUGUGUGUGUGUGUGUGCACUAACAGGAGGUCCAGGUGCAGCCUUUGGAUAUUGAUGAAGAUUUACUGCCCCUGCAAGACCUUCCUCAACUGCGUAGUCUGGAGCAAAGGAUGCAACAGAGCCCAGAUUACAAGCAAAAUCUGGUAAACUGGUUGGCGCUUAUUGACGGGGUGUAUGUGCGUGACUGCACCUGGCGCAUAUUUAAGAGGGUGAUUGCUAACUCCCUGGCAAAGAAUCUCAAUUGGAGGGGAGUCAAUGGAAAGACUUCACUGUCCGCUCUCCAACUCGGAGAGGUCGUGAUUGCUGCAGUUCAUAGAAACCUCUUCACGGCUAAAGCUGCAGAGAUGGAGGUCGAGGGGACCAUGAAGAGGCGGCUCCAGCUGGCAUCAGAGCGAGAGUGUGGGCGCAAGAGCAGACUUUUGAUAAAGGAGGGUAUUUACAGUGUUUUAACUGCUGUGUUUUUUGCGCUAUUAUUAAUUUGUUAAAAUGUUCAUAUUAUAGUCUAUUUUUAAUUGUUUAUAAAAGUCCUUGCUGUUUUUAAGUGGCUGAAUUAGUGUGUGUGCGCGCGCGCGUGUGUGUGCGUGUUGGUAGCUGGGUGGGUAUAUAGUUCUGGUCUGAAGUUGACAUACCCAUUGCAGGAGAAAGAGACCCUGUGUAAUCUGUUUAAACGACUUUUACGCAUGUUUUGCAGAGAGAUCAUUUUCACCUUGCUGUUCGGGUCUCUGUCCCACACUGUUACAGUGCAGUAUUGAGAGCGUGAGGGAGAUCGAUUUUCUAUCAGAAACAGUAACUAUAUAAAAUGGACGUCAACACGCAGCACUCUGUGAGGUCAUUUCUCGCUCUCAACAGAGUAGUUGUGAUUGUUCAGUGUUUACGACGGGGCCAAAACAUUCAAGGCCAUGGUGUAUUUUGACUGUUCCUGUAGCAUAAUCUCACCAAACUGUGUGUACACGAGUAAAAUAUAGAUAAUUCACAAUAAUUUAAUAUCAGAUAUCAGUUAGAUUCAGCUUCGGACACAAGUUCCAGGUACUGAUCGAGAAGGAGUGGAUCAGCUUCGGACACAAGCUGACCUCGCGUGUCGGCCUUGGAGAUGAGAAUCACGCCAACUCGGAACGAUCCCCUCUCUUUGUGCAGUUCAUCGACUGUGUGUGGCAGAUGAUGAGACAGGUCAGCUACUGAUGCUUUACACCACAACACUGUUGAAUUCUCCAAUCUGAUUGGUCAGAAGGCGUUGGAGACAUUUCUGGAACAGCAAGAUUCUGAUUCCAGCUGCAAGGGAAAUUACAGCUUUAUAGUGAUGUGCUCGUUCUCGUUCCUAUAGUAACAGCUCAUUGACAGGGUCUAGUAUGGCGUACGCAAUACAUAUUCUAAGCUUAAUCGUAAACAUAUUAUAAACAUGUCACUUAAAGAAAAAGACGUAUGAUCAUUGUGAUCUAGUUAAGAUUUAUAAGUUAUCUAUUUAUGGAAGUUUUAUGGAAGUAGUCUCCAGUGUCACGGCAGAGAGGACAUUGCACUUUCCAGUUUCUCAGUAACAUUGCAAGUCUUAUUCAUUUCAAGAGUUAGGGGGAAAAAAGAGAGGCUUGUGAGGGAACUAUUGUUUUAUUUUAAUGUUAUAAAGUAAGAGAUCAUAAUGAGAACUAACUCUCUUUUCCAGGACAUUCCAAAUUGUUCUUUGGCUAUCCCCCAUGUUUGUGCAAUGGUUCAGACCGGUUUUUCCUCUUUUCGCAGCUUCAAAAUGGCUUGCUUUUCUCCCAUAGACAGCUCUCUGGUCUUCAUGUCGGUUUAUUCUUUUUAACAACAAAUGCUGUCUCCACAGGUGAAACCCAGGGCUCAAACCAAGAGAAGACAUUCAGAGCUAUUCAUUGUUUAAAGUCCAUUUAACGAGGUACACCUGGCCAGCAAGAAAAAAACAUCAGUCACUCGUUCCAGUAUUUUUGAACAGUUAAUGAAUAGGAUGGCUUCAAAAAAGCUGCCAUAUUUUAAGCUGUGUAACACGUCUAGAUGUAAAUAUGAGGAAAUGAAAGCUGAAGUUCUGAUCUAUCGUCUCAUAUUCGUCUUUUAUCUCAAACCCAAAUGUCUUCAGUAUACAGCAAAAGCAAGUGAAUUGGCCUUGAUGUUCCAAUACUUUUGAAGAGGACUCUAAUUGUAAGAAUUAAAUAUAAUUUCCGUACUGAACAAAGACUGAUUAUCUGUUCAGGCGUUAUUGUGCAGAUCCACAUUUAAGCAUCUUACUAUACACCGAGUUCAAAGAGCUUUUUCUCAUCCCCAUCCUGGAUCGCCCCUACAGCUGCCUGUUUGGUACAUUCCUCUACAGCAGUGAGCAGGAGAGAAUGGAAAAGGACGUACAGGGUAAAACAGUCACUGUGGUCCUACGUUAACAGUCAGCCGGAGGACUUCACUAACCCGUUCUAUGUGGACUGUAAAAACCAGGUGCUGUAUCCACUGGCCAGUCUCACACAUCUGGAGCUCUGGGUGGGUUAUUAUGUGCGUUGGAACCCACGCAUGAGACCACAGAUGCCGCUCCAUCAGAAUCUGAGAGAGUUAUUGUUUUUGCAUGAAGAACGUGGAGGAGCUCCAGAGAGAGGCCACGUCAUCCUGCUCCAUCUCCUCAUCCUCAGAGCAUACUUCUCCCUCCUCACAUAGUGGAGGCGGUUCAGCUGGACGGAGAGAUCCUGCAUGCGCUGUGAAGCGAGUGUGUUCUGUGGCGUAUCGGCACCUGGACAAGCACAAGAUCGAGCCGGUGCUCUACAUGAUGGAGUGGUUCAUGUGCGCCUUCUCCAGAACUCUGCCCUGGGCCUCGGUCCUCAGAGUGUGGGACAUGUUCCUGUGUGACGGAGUGAAAAUGAUAUUCUGUGUGGGUUUGGUGGUGUUGACGUCCAUGCUGGGUACUCGGGAUAAGCUCAAGGCCUGUCCGGGUCAGUAUGAGACCAUGGAGGUCCUCAGAGCGAUUGAGCCUAGAUACAUGCAGGAGGGCUUCUUCGUGCUCCAGGUUCUGGAGUUGCAGGUAUCGGCACAGGACGUGGAACGUGAGCAACGCACGCAGCUGAAGCGCUGGAAGAAGAAGCACGGCAAGCCCGGCCCCAAACUCCCUCAGAGAAUGCACAGUGCUCGCACCAUCAUGGCCACCGAGCCUCAUACACACCAAGACCUCCGCCAGAAACCCACCAUUAUGGUCCAGUACCCAUCAGUCCCUGAGGAGAAGUCCGAGCCGAACCUCAGGAAGAAGAGAGGGAGCCUGAAGAAAAACCAAGCCCUCAUUCCGAACCCCUACGCUCUACCUGGCGAGUCUAAACCUAGUCAGAUAUUGGACAUACAGCUUCUGAACCAGGAAAAUCUCAAUCUUGUACUUCCAAAUACACCAUCACAUCCACCACGGCUCCCUACAAUGCAGGAAAAUCAGGUCAAAGAGACGAGCACUUCUACAGAGCAGCUCGUGCAGCGUCCUCGAAUUCCUCCAUCGAUAAGAAACUGGCGGAAUCUAUCCCUCUGCAACAUCUAUCCCUCCUUACUGCUCCUGUACACGGAUCACCUUCAGCGUAGCGUCCUCACCUGCUGAAAUGUCCUCCUGUCCAAUCCGGACAACCUGACCAUGAUGAGCUCCCUAAUAAUACAUAAAACUCAGCCACCAUUUUGGAUCCAUCUACACACUCAAGCCCUCUGCUAACGCACAACGCACCUGCCACCCACGACUCGCCUGCUGCUCCCGAGUACAAAAAGAACACUCAUUGAUUUUUAUUUUUUUUUGUUGUGCGUGUUAAACAGUGUGAUACGUUGAGGAAUUGAUUAUUGGCACACGUCUACUGAAUAGCAAGAAUCGUUAAGUCUUUAACGUGUGUAAACUAUACUUGUUAUAAACUAUACGUGUUAUAGUUUACACCGGAGGAACUGCAAACAAUCUGAGAGAGGACCACACUUGGUCCAAAAAUGUACACACACUCCACAAAAACUCUGCAGUGCCUGAGGACUGUUUACUCGCUCCAGUCUUCAGAAGGGAAACUACCUACAGAUUCACUUUUGAAAGACUUUCACAGGCAUCACAAACAUUUGUUUAUAUUGCACUCGUAUCAAUUUGGCAGGUUUUUUUCUUCUUAAUCCGAAGCAACCACCACUUCUUUGUGUUUGUAUUUCACAAAUUUCCUUACCACAUCUUACAAGAGCUGCACGACAAUCACAACAAUCCUGUACAAUAGGCACAGCCUUUUCAUUAACAUAACCUCAGUGAAAUAUCCUCUGUCUGUAUACUUUACACGCAAACAAAACAACUCAAGCUGAGAACUUUAUUGCUGAUUCACGUUAUACCACACCGCCUUCUAAUAUAGAUCUGAUCUAUAUUAUAUAUACGUGUACCUUAGAUAACGCCUCUCUGAACGCCAUGGUGGGACGUUCCCGAGUUGAAGUACUGUACAAGUCCUAAGCAUUAGAUCACCCCAAUUACUCUUGUAUACUCUUUCCAUACCAUCGUGAUCUUUGCCUGACGAAGCCAUACACAAAACAUAUUUGACAUUUGGGGCCUAAUUCUAAAAUCACCACAUACAAAAUGCACAACCAUUUUGUCUUGCUGCCAUCACAAAAUAAUAAUGUUUAAACCUUAAGUAACAGGGUCACAGAGGGUGUAUAUAUUUUUCCACACUACAUGAAGUUUUGGGAUCCUUAUAGACUGUGGAACAGAAGUGUACUCAGUGUGUCUCCACCGUUUUAUUUCAUAUUGGAGUACAACCAUUUUUCUUUUUUACCAUUAAGGAUGAAACACUUGUUUCUUUUAAAACAUCAUCUUUAAAUGUUUUUCUACCUCCUAACUAAACCCUCGGACUUAAGACACGAUCUUUGGAGCUGUUGACGCCCUGCUCAGGGUUAAACAACAACGUCUUUACAUUACCUUCAUUAAUAAUUUGUCAAUCUAUCCUCUUGGUUUUUUUAUUUUUUUUUGGAGCAAAAGUCAGGUCCUCUCUCGUUUCAACAGGUCCUCUUGUUGGUGAAUACACAGCAAUCUUCUAAGGGUAUUAGCAUUUCUCGGAGCAGACAUUGUAACAGAUAGUUGCAGAGUUUCUUCUGUGUUUUAACCACAACGUCUUAACCAUUAUUUUAACACUGAGACACACGACUCCCUUUAAUUCAUUAACAAACACAUUUGUAAGAAUUCUGGUCAGCAAAACCCCCAAAAGAACACCUGUGUCUCUCUCUCUCACACCCACCCCCGCACACCCACAUGGUCAUCAGAGAUCAUAAAUGUACUGCUGGGACAUGGGAUGUCAAAGCAUAGACGAAAGCUUAUGUAUUUAGCGAUAGUUCUGUGUAAGUAUCCUCGUUGGCGAACCAUUUUCUGAAAUCUUGUUUAUAGUUUAAACAAAAUGCACGACUCUUUUAAAACACCGUCUUUAAAAAAGGUUUUUCACCCUUAAAUUAACCUGGUUAGAAGGUAGGAUAUGUAAUACAUAUUUUCAUUUUCUUCAGGCAUAUUGUCACUUCAGUCUUCACAACGAAUAACACCGAUGGUUUUGACCUUUCUUUCAGUAAAAGAGAACAACGACAUCAUACAGCCUUGAAGGACUGUAGAAAUUUUUAUUUUACAUCCUAAAGGGUUAGGUUUAGAAGGCAUGUAAUACGCGCGUUUCUUAUAAAACACCGUCUUUAAAACGUUUACCUCCUAAAGGGACCUAUUUAGAAGGUAUGUAAAAACUUUUUUUUUUUUUUGAACAUUUCUUUGGGUAUAUCAAUGUUUUAGAGUAUUUAUUUCAGUACAUUUUUAUUCAAAGUCAUGCCAAUUUCUCAAAAGUGCAAUCAAUAAAGUUUAAUUUAUUUCACAA